CCCGAGGCAGCCGCAAUGACAGGUCUCGCCAGAAAUCCUGCUGCCUGCUGAGAAUCAUGGUCAGCAAGUCCCGCUGGAAACUCCUGGCCAUGUUGGCUCUGGUCCUGGUCGUCAUGGUGUUGUAUUCCAUCUCCCGGGAAGAGAGGUACAUCGAGCUUUUUUAUUUUCCCAUCCCAGAGAAGAAGGAGCCGUGCCUCCAGGGUGAGGCAGAGAGGAAGGCCUCUAAGCUCUUUGGCAACUACUCCCGGGAUCAGCCCAUCUUCCUGCAGCUUAAGGAUUAUUUCUGGGUCAAGACGCCAUCUGCUUACAAGCUGCCCUAUGGGACCAAGGGGACUGAGGACCUGCUCCUCCGGGUGCUAGCCAUCACCAGUUCCUCUAUCCCCGAGAACAUCCAGAGCCUCAGGUGCCGCCGCUGCGUGGUCGUGGGGAACGGGCACCGGCUGCGGAACAGCUCACUAGGAGAUGCCAUCAACAAGUACGAUGUGGUCAUCAGAUUGAACAAUGCCCCAGUGGCUGGCUAUGAGGGUGACGUGGGCUCCAAGACCACCAUGCGUCUCUUCUACCCUGAAUCUGCCCACUUCGACCCCAAAGUAGAAAACAACCCAGACACACUCCUCGUCCUGGUGGCUUUCAAGGCAAUGGACUUCCACUGGAUUGAGACCAUCCUGAGUGAUAAGAAGCGGGUGCGAAAGGGUUUCUGGAAACAGCCUCCCCUCAUCUGGGAUGUCAACCCUAAACAGAUUCGGAUUCUCAACCCCUUCUUCAUGGAGAUUACAGCUGACAAACUGCUGAGCCUGCCAAUGCAACAGCCACGGAAGAUUAAGCAGGUGAUGCUGGGAAGUCGGGUCCGAAGGCUAGGGUCCUGGGUGGGAUGUAGGAGGGACAUUCCUAUGGGCUUAGGAAGCCGUGGAAGGACCCCAUAACAGAGGCAGUGGUUUGCAUUUUCCCUCCAGGAACAUACCUGUCAUUAAAGUUGCUGCCGCAAGGGGAGUCCACACUCUGG